CCCGCGGGCGCGCGCAUCUUGGCCCGCGCGGGGCCCGGCUGAGUUCUGGGAAGAUGAUGGACGAGGCGGAGGCAGAGGUGACGGAGCGCUGAGUGGAACCUGCUGCGUCUGUGGAGAUGGGGUCGGGAGCGGGCUCGCCCUCUGGGACCCUCCGUGUCCACUGGCUGCUGUUGUUCGGCCUGGUGGGCCCGGUUCUCAGUGGGGAGCGGCCAGGCUUUCAACAGACCUCACACCUCUCCUAUGAAAUUAUAACUCCCUGGAGAUUAACUAGAGACCGAAGAGAAGCCCCAAGGCCCUUUUCAAAACAGGUAUCUUAUGUCAUUCAAGCUCAAGGAAAAGAACAUAUUAUUCACUUGGAAAGGAACACAGACCUUUUGCCUAAAGAUUUUGUAGUUUAUACCUAUAACAAAGAAGGGGCUCUGAUCUCUGACCAUCCCAAUAUACAGAAUCAUUGUCAUUAUCGGGGCUAUGUGGAAGGAGUUUAUAGUUCAGCUGUUGCUCUUAGUGACUGUUUUGGCCUCAGAGGAUUGCUGCAUUUAGAGAACGCCAGUUAUGGGAUCGAACCCCUGCACAACAGCUCCCGCUUUGAGCACAUCUUUUAUCGAAUGGAUGAUGUCCACAACAAAGAGCCUCUGAAAUGUGGAGUUUCUAACAUGGAUAUAGAGAAAGAAACCAGAAAGUGGGGAGAGGAAGAGCAUCGAAGCAUGACUCAGCUACUUCGAAGAAGAAGAGCUAUCCUGCCGCAGACCCGAUACGUGGAACUGUUCAUUGUUGUAGACAAAGAACAGUAUGAGAUGAUGGGAAGAAAUCAGACUGCUGUGAGAGAAGAAAUGAUUCAUUUAGCAAACUACUUGGAUAGUAUGUAUAUUAUGUUAAAUAUUCGAGUUGUGCUAGUUGGACUGGAGAUUUGGACAAACAGAAACCUGAUCAUUAUAGCUGGGGGUGCUGGUGAUGUGCUGGGGAACUUUGUGCAGUGGCGGGAAAAGUUUCUUAUAACACGUCGGAGACAUGACAGUGCACAGUUAGUUCUAAAGAAAGGCUUUGGUGGAACUGCAGGAAUGGCAUUUGUGGGAACAGUGUGUUCAAGGAGCCAUGCAGGCGGGAUCAAUGUGUUUGGGCAAAUCACUGUGGAGACCUUUGCGUCCAUUGUUGCUCAUGAGCUGGGUCAUAACCUUGGAAUGAAUCACGAUGAUGGGAGAGAUUGUGUAUGUGGAGCAAAGAGCUGCAUCAUGAAUUCAGGAGCAUCAGGUUCCAGAAACUUCAGCAGUUGUAGUGCAGAGGAUUUUGAAAAGUUAACUUUAAAUAAAGGAGGAAAUUGCCUCCUUAAUAUUCCAAAGCCCGAUGAAGCCUAUAGUGCGCCCUCCUGUGGUAAUAAAUUGGUGGACCCUGGAGAAGAAUGUGACUGUGGAACUCCAAAGGAAUGUGAAUUGGACCCUUGCUGUGAAGGAAGUACUUGCAAGCUUAAAUCAUUUGCUGAGUGUGCAUAUGGCGACUGUUGUAAAGACUGCCAAUUCCUUCCAGGAGGUUCUUUAUGCCGAGGAAAAACUAAUGAAUGUGAUGUUCCAGAGUAUUGCAAUGGUUCUUCUCAGUUCUGCCAGCCAGAUGUUUUUAUUCAGAAUGGAUAUCCUUGCCAGAAUAACAAGGCAUAUUGUUACAAUGGCAUGUGCCAGUACUAUGAUGCUCAAUGUCAAGUCAUCUUUGGUUCAAAAGCCAAGGCUGCCCCAAGAGAUUGCUUCAUUGAAGUGAAUUCUAAAGGUGACAGAUUUGGCAAUUGUGGUUUCUCUGGGAAUGAAUACAAGAAGUGUGCCACUGGGAAUGCUUUGUGUGGAAAGCUUCAGUGUGAGAAUGUGCAAGAAAUGCCUGUAUUUGGAAUUGUGCCUGCUAUUAUUCAGACACCUAGCCGAGGCACAAAAUGUUGGGGUGUGGAUUUCCAGCUAGGAUCAGAUGUUCCAGAUCCAGGAAUGGUAAAUGAAGGCACAAAAUGUGAUGUUGGAAAGAUUUGUAGGAAUUUCCAGUGUGUAAAUGCAUCUGUUUUGAAUUAUGACUGUGAUGUUCAGGAAAAGUGUCAUGGACAUGGGGUAUGUAAUAGCAAUAAGAAUUGUCACUGUGAAAAUGGCUGGGCUCCCCCAAAUUGUGAGACUAAAGGAUACGGAGGAAGUGUGGACAGUGGACCUACAUACAAUGAAAAGAGCACUACAUUGAGGGAUGGACUUCUGGUGUUCUUCUUCUUGGUUGUUCCACUUAUUGUGCUUGCUACUUUUCUCUUCAUCAAGAGAGAUGAACUACGGAAAAUGUACUUCAGAAAGAAGAGAUCACAAAUGUCUGAUGGCAAAAAUCAAGCUAGUGUUUCUAGACAGUCGGUGAAUGCUCCUCGACAGCCAAUGGGUGCCCCUGGACAGCCAGUGGGUGCUCCUAGACAGCUGGUAAGUGCUCCUCGACAGCCAGUGGGUGCUCCUCAACAGCCGGCUGUACAUGCAAACCAAUUUCCAGUACCAGUCUAUGCAGCCAAGCAGCCUCAGCAGUUUCCAUCAAGGCCACCUCCACCACAACCAAAAGUGUCAUCUCAGGGAAAUUUAAUUCCUGCUCGUCCUGCUCCUGCACCUCCUUUGUAUAGUUCCCUCACUUGAUUUUAUACUUUUUUUUUUUACAUAUGUCUUCAGAGAACUGAGCGAAUGUUUUGCUUGCUGGUGUUUUUUCGAGAAGUCUUUCUUCCUAUUGCAAUUAUGAAUGGAAACAAAUUCUACAAAACAAACAAACUGGGGAGUUGAGAAAUACAAGGACAUACAGUCAAAUGAGGAAUCCAUUUCCAGCACUGAAAUGUCUUAUUUGGUCAUCUAUGAGGUUAAUGUACUUAACGUGGAUUAUGUUACUUUGAACAUGUUAUAGCAGUGAUUCUUGAAUUAACUGCAUUAGUGUCAGAUUUGUCAUUAUGUGCAUAAAUGUAGUCCUGAAUUUUUGACCUUGGUUAUCAUUAAUGUAGUUUCUGACCAAACAUGUGACAAUCUAAUACCUUUGAAAACUAAUUACUUGUCAAUAAUAUGUCUUGUUAAUAAUAAUCUUUUCAUCUUGCACAGACUAAUAGCCAUUGUACACUAGAAUCUUGUUUCUCAUUCAUGACAUGAAUAAAUGGAUAUUCUGUCUUCAGAAGAAUACAGAAGAACCAUGAUUAAGAUGCUGUAAUAUUGUUUAAGUAUAAAAUAUGCUAAAGGAGUGUAUGUUUAUUCACACACUUACUAGCUUCCAUUUUUAUGAUCUUCCACUACAAAUGACUUAGAAAAAUUAAUUUUAGAAUUUCUAUUAUGCAUUAUGUUAAAGCAUGACAUCCUUUUAAAAUAGCAUUAUUUUUAAAGAGUACAAGCUUGAAGCUAAAGUACAAGCUAAAUACGAGGUAUUUAAUAGAUCUAAUCAGAUACACUGUUGACUCAUGGGUAUAAUAAUGGAGUAAUUACAGUCAAUCAUUUGAGCUAUUAUAAAACCACUUUAAAAAUUUAUGAGCACUUUAUGUCUAAAAUCUGAAUUUUUGAAGCUUGAUAUUAAAUCAUUUAGAAUGUUUACAUUUACGAAGGUGUGCUGGAUCAUGUCUCUUUUUGACUCAUAUUUUCCUAGAAAUUAGGCUGCAUAAAAGAAGAAAAGGUUUUCUUAGAUAAGUACAAAAGUUAAUGUGAUGUCUGAAUUACUGUCUCAACCAUGUAAAAAAUAAAUUUUUACUAUGGAAGAAAUGGUAUGGUCAAUAAAAUUUUAAACAAUU